ACUUGGUGGCUUAUCUCAUGGCAAAUAUGAAGCCACAAUACUCUAAAUUACUACCACGCCAUGGAGGUGUUUCUAUCGAUUCUGAAAUUAUUGGAAGAAGACGUUCCGUAAUUAUUUCUAGUUGGAUCGAAAAAAAAUUAGAAAAACUUUCUUGCCAGUUUACACUUAUUUAUCGAGGAACACAUGAUGGAUUUGAUUCAGACUUGACUUAUUAUUUAUAUGACUUUUUUGAAGAUAGUUGUUUUGAUGAUGAACAUUGGACAUCAACUAAUGAUAG